AAGAAUGAAUCUAGAUGGAAAUCAAGAAAGCAAAUGAGACAAUUGCUUCAGUUUUUACCUCAACUAUAGCUUCGGUUUUAACCUUCAACUAUAGCGAGAAACAAUAAAGAAAUUUAAAAGCUAGAAGACAUCAUUGUACGGUCUAAGCCACUCGAGUGCGAGGAUAAGUUACAAACGUACACAUGAAAUGUUUGUAGAAUAAAAAUAAAAUUUAUCCCAUUAUUUAUACCAAUAUUUUAUUUUUUAAAAACAAAGCAACUAUACCAAUAUUCUAAAUGUAACUUGAAUGGGACUUUUAGAAACUCACAAAUAACUACCAUACAACGUAUAUAUAAAUAAGUUUGAGCGUUUGGAUAAUCAUUCGAGUUCGGUUCGGGUAUAUUCGUGUUUCAAAGUUAAAAUUUUCAACUCUAUUCAGAUAUUUAUAAAUUUCGGUUUGGUUUUCGGAUAAUCCGUUUAAAUUAUUUUAAAAAUUUUAAAAUUUAAAUAUACUUAAAAUUUCUCAAAAAUCAAAUAUACUUAAAACAAAUAUUUUGUAUCAUUUAUUAAUAAGUGUCUCAAAUUGAUAUCAUUUAUUUUUUUAUGAUACUAUUUGUGUGAUGUAGAAUGAUUUUUUUGUAGUUCAUCUUACACAUCUCUUACAAAUACAAACCUAAAAUACAAAUCACAAAAUUUUACAAAAAAAUAAUAACCUAGAUCACAAAUAAAAUAUAUAUCAGGCCGGCCCUAGUUAUACUAUAUCCAAUACCUCAAAUAUCUCUGUAUGCUGGUGAUUGCAAUGACAAUCUCAUAAAGUACCUCUUAGUAUAAAAUCUCCCUUGAAAACUGCCUAUUAUUGUUGGCAAAAUCAAAUAAAGUAACCUAUUAUCACAUAAUCUACGUAGUAUAAGAUACUAAAUUGUCAUACUUAACCCAAAAAUAUUUACAAAACAGUUUACCGCUAUGGUUUGCUGUAUAACCGAAUGAAUGGGGGCCAGAUACCCUUCACCACUGCAAAUAAUAGUUCCCAGUUCUAUCACUUUCCUAGUUACUAGUUAACAAAACUAAUUCAAUCCAAGUCUACAGUGUGCAAUUAGGAUUUUUCAAAAGAAACAAAAUAAAAACAAUUAUUAUUUAUUAUUAAUCAAAUAAGUCCUCGUGCUUUACACCUGCUACCAACAAAAGCUUCCUGCAACCUUCCAAAUCUCCAAGACAGACAGAGAGUCUUUUUAGCAUUCUGACAAAACUGUCUGUUUCCCGCCAUAGGAACCGACAAAACUCUCCACACUCCCCGAGACAUCUCUCUUGAGAUUCCCCACACUCUUUGUUCCUUCUCCCCAAAGAUGCUGCCUUUCCCCGUCGACACUCAAUGGCAUCCCUUACUCCCGGAGUUCUCUCCAACCUCCUCGAACUCGCCGCCGGAAAAGUCAUUUCUUCUUCUUCUUCGCCGUUGCUGUCUUCGCACCGUUUCCCGCUCCUCCAGGUCAUAGAGAUCGUCCCCUGUCUCUCCGACAACCAGUGGCGUAGCGAACGGUUCUUCGUCAAAGUCUCCGACUCUCUCCACGCCGCUUACGUCGCCGUUUCCGCCGCUGACGACGCCGAUCUGAUACGCUCCGACGAGAUACAGCUAGGGCAGUUUGUGUACAUUCGCGGCGGUUUACACGUGGAGAAAGGUUGUCCUGUUCCCGUCGUCCGUGGGCUUAAGCCGGUCCCGAAGCGGCGGACGUGCGUUGGAAACCCUAGCGAUCUCGUCUCUAGCGACUUGCUUCUUGAUUUUACUCCGGUCUCGGUUGAUUCGAUCAAGAAGAAAAGGAAUCUUGGUGACACGAGGAGGUUGAGCUUGGACUCUGCGAGACGGAGUUGCUGGGAUCAUACUAGUCCUCCGGUGACUCGCCGCCGUGACGCAGCAUUGCUUCUUUCUUCUUCCCCACGUCUCAAACCCAAAUUGGUCUUGAGUGAUAAGAAUCUGCCAAAGAAUGAGUCCCCAUCAAAGCACCUUAACUGUGAAACCCCUACCUUAAGAAAUAGAAAUGUGGUUAAGCCUGCAUCACCUAUAUCCAUAGCCAAAUCUCCAAAAGAUGGUAUCAAGCCGUUAUCAAAGGCGGUGACUCCUCCAGUUGCGUAUCAUAAGCUGCCUUCAAGUCACAGGACUUGGUCUGACCAGAGAAUCUCAUGGACUGGACUCCCCAAAACCAUUCAGUCGCUUGGAAAGGAAGUUUCAUCACAUAGACUAGUAGCAGUAAAGGCCGCAGUAAAAGCACUAGAGGAAGCAUCUGCCAUGGAGUCUGUUUUGCUCAGUUUACAAUCCUUCGCUGAACUAUGUGACUCUUCUAAACGUUUAUCAGCGGGACAAGUUGUGCGACGGUUCUUGGACAUCUACCACAGUACACAGAACACAGGAAAAGCAGUCCAUAUGUUACUUGCUCACAACGGUUCGUGUAGAUCAGCAGCUAAGAAAAAUGCAGCAGCUUGGGUUCAAGAUGCAGUAGUGACCGGAUUUUCUCAGUUCAACUUAUUUAAAGAGCCUGGAAUACAAGAGGAUGCUGCUUCUUCCCAAGACCAUCAUCACUACAUUAUUAUUCAAAGCUCAUCUGAGAAACUAAGUUCCAAGGAGAAUACAACAAGUCCAAGAAACCAAGCUUACAAGGGUGUGAAACUGCCUUCAAGAAAACAUCGUUCUGACUCUGAGAGAUGUAGUUUAGAAGGUAAAAACAGGUUAAAAGAGUCAUUGAGUUUAGCGGAGGAGCUACUCCGAGUUUCAAGCCAAUGGUUCUUUAAAUAUUUGGAGAACUCACUGAAGAAAGGGACCUUCUUUGUGAAGAAGGAAGAAGCAACUGGAAAAGAGUCUCUUGUUGUCAGCCUUAAAGCAGUAAACUGUUGGCUUGAUGAUCUGAUAAGAAACAGAUGUGAAGCCAGUGAGAAAGUCGAAGAGUUAAGAAAGAAGCUGCAACGUUUUCUACUUAAACAUAUGGAAUCUGCCAUUGGAAAAACAAUGUAACAUAAUCCAAUGUAAAAGCCUUUUUCUCUAUCAGUUUCUGACAUCUUAUGACUUUAUUAGUUACCCUUUAGGUGUUGGCUACAAUGAAUUUGCUUGUAUUAUCUUUCCUUGUAUAAUUCACUGGUUUAUUCUCA